AACGACACUCAGUGCAGCUGCACACGCCCUGGGCGACUUGCCAGGUCUCCCUGCUCAGCUCGCUAGGCCAGAUUAUUCUCUGGCCUCAGUGUGAUGUUCACUUCAGUCUGAGUGUUACUUUGGAGCUUCUUGAUCAUCAGGGUUGCUGUCACUCUGUCCUGGUCAUUCUUUGCUUUCUGCUUGCUGUUUUUGCUCAAGGCAAAGUGCCCUUCAUCCACGUGGGAAACCAGGUUGUGUCGGAGCUGGGGCCCAUCAUUCAGUUCACGAAGGCUAAGGGUCACUCCCUGAGUGAUGUGCUGGAUGACGUUCAGAGGGCGGAGAUGAAAGCCUAUAUGGAGCUGAUGAAUAACAUGUUGCUGACUGCAGAGCUGUACAUCCAGUGGUGUGACGAGACCACAGCAGCAGAGAUCACCAGGCCUCGGUACAGCAGUCCCUAUCCUUGGCCAUUGAAACACAUCCUGGCCUAUCAGAAGCAGUGGGAGGUGCGGCGUAAGAUGAGUGCCGUCGGUUGGGCAGAGAAGACCCUGGAGCAGGUGUAUGAGGAUGUGGCCCAGUGCUGCCAGGCACUCUCGCAGAGACUCGGCACACAGAUGUACUUCUUUAACAGACAGCCCACUGAGCUGGAUGCCCUGGUCUUUGGACACCUUUUCACUAUCCUUACCACCCAGCUGACCAGCAACGAGCUCAGUGACAAGGUCAAGACCUACAGCAACCUGCUGACCUUCGUGCACCGCAUCGAGCAGACCUACUUUGAGGGCCUGAACCAGGCUGGGCAGAGUGGGGCCGGGCCCUGGGCCCCUCCUGAGGUCUGAGCAUCUUCCCAGCAUUCCGCUGGUGCUCUCACUCUUUGUUUUUCAUUUGUUGUUCCAAAAAAGAAUAAAGUAUUGUAACUUGUA